AUGGAGAACAUUCAAGCCAAAGCACGUCUUUACCAUGCUCAGUUGGAUAAAGAGCUGAGCAAGGUCCCUCAACUCAAUCAGUUCCAGGCAGCAACAGGACUUCCCAAGACCUACCUGGCUCUGGGCGGUGGCGCGUUCUUCAUCACUAUGAUCUUUUUCAACUUUGCAGGAAAGCUCCUCUCCAACAUCCUCGGCUGGGUCUAUCCUUCCUACAGGUCUUUCAAGGCCCUCGAGUCUCAGGGCCAAGACGAUGAUACGCAGUGGACUGUUUACGGAUUCGUGUCCAUCUUGGAGUCGUUCACGGAUGUCUUGUUGUACUGGUUCCCCUUCUACUUCUUCCUCAAGACGGUCCUUCUCCUCUGGUUGAUGCUGCCCACUUUCAACGGUGCUACGGUUGUUUACACGAGGAUCUUGCGCCCUUUCUUGGCUCAGCACCGUGGUCAGAUUGAUUCACAUUUGGACCGUGCUAGGGCCAGGGUUUCCGCCGCCGCCUCGGGGCUCGACACCGCCACCACUACCGGUACUUCCAUUCAUUAA